UCUUGACACACACAUUUUCAGGAAAAAAACAAAAUAAAGAGAACAAAACAGUUGGAGUUUUCGAUGGCAAAAUCACCAGAAGUGGCGCACCCAGUGAAGGCUUUUGGAUGGGCUGCUAGCAACCCAUCUGGUGUUCUCUCUCCCUUCAACUUUUCAAGAAGGGCUACUGGUGAUAAGGAUGUGAGGUUCAAAGUAUUAUAUUGCGGGAUCUGUCACUCGGACCUUCACAUGGUCAAGAACCAAUGGGGCGUUACAGCAUAUCCUGUUGUCCCAGGGCACGAGAUUGUGGGUGUAGUCACUGAAGUCGGCAGCAAGGUACAGAAGUUCAAAGUUGGGAACAAAGUCGGUGUGGGAUGCUUGGUGGGAUCAUGUCGAAAUUGCGAGAGCUGUGGUAACAAUCUUGAAAAUUACUGUCCAAGACAGAUACUCACCUAUGGCUUCCCUUACAUUGAUGGAACCAUCACGUAUGGGGGCUACUCUGAUCACAUGGUAGCUGAUGAGCACUUUGUGGUUCAUUGGCCCGAUAAUUUGCCACUUGAUUCCGGUGCUCCCCUCCUCUGUGCUGGGAUCACAACUUACAGCCCCUUGAGAUAUUAUGGACUUGACAAGCCUGGUAUGCAUAUUGGCGUAGUGGGUCUCGGAGGGUUGGGCCAUGUAGCUGUGAAAUUUGCAAAAGCUUUCGGAGUUAAAGUAACAGUAAUUAGCACAUCUCCUAAUAAGCAGGACGAAGCUGUCAAAAAUCUUGGUGCUGACUCAUUUUUGGUUAGUCAUGAUCCUAAUCAGAUGAAGGCUGCAAUGGGCACGUUGGAUGGUAUUAUUGAUACUGUCUCUGCAGUUCAUCCAAUUCUGCCAUUACUUAAUCUACUGAAAUCCCACGGAAAGAUUAUCAUGGUUGGUGUACCAGAGAAGCCACUAGAGCUACCAGUUUUUCCUUUGAUUAUGGGACGAAAGGUUGUGGCCGGAAGUUGCAUUGGAGGAUUGAAGGAGACACAAGAGAUGCUAGAUUUUGCAGCUAAGCACAACAUUAAAGCAGAUGUAGAGAUUAUAUCUAUGGAUUACGUGAACACUGCAAUGGAGCGUCUCGAGAAAGCUGAUGUUAGAUAUCGAUUUGUGCUUGAUGUGGCAAACACAUUGAAGUCUGUUUGAUGUGGACCUUAAGGCACCUAAGUUUCUGUUUCGUAUGUGAUAGUGCUGCGUGCAGAAUGGUAUUCGGAGAUCUCUUGUGAGAAUCCUAUUGUUCGUUUCUUGUCUGUCCAAGUUCAUUAGGUUUGGUAUUGAUUUUGGGAUGAAGAUAGCCACGCUGAGUUCAGUAAUUUGAUGCAUUGUGUUGCGUUUGUGGUUUGUUUGGCCUAAAGUGGAGUCUUUCACUUGAGCUUUGAUUAUAUGAGUACAAUUGUAAGAAAGCUGCUGCUUAUCAAUAACUUCAGCUUCUUUCUAUUCCUUUCUUGUUCAAUUUUGUUUCUGUUUUGUUUUAAUGUGUGUUUGCUAACAAUCGAGUUUGAAAUGUUGCAGUGAUCUCUGAUGGAGGAAUGCUAUGGAGAUUUAAAAAAUUGAUUUAAUUUGAUAAGUUAAUGAUGUGGCAAUGCCAUGAUUAUCAUGACGG